AUGCGCUGUCAUGCCAGAGAUGAGGAAGCCAACUACAAGCCCCGCUCUUCCUCUCCGCACCUUUCUGCUUUUUUGUCCGGGCGGGUUGGGGAUGAAAGAUAUGCGUAAAGGCAAAGUUUGAGGGGCAUCUUUGCUGGUUUCCCGCUCACCUGCCCCCACCUUGUCCCCCUCCUGAUUUCACCUGAUAAGGAGGAUCAAGUGCAGGAGAACUCCUGACAGAACUGACUGUUGUUCUGGCAUAUCUUUUUUUUUAUUUCAUUUUUUUUAAUGGGAUUUGACAGCGUUCUUGGAGGAAUUUCAUGUGCGCCACGUUGAAGGAUAUGGCUUAAAUGAUGUUGAUAGCUGGAGUAAGAUCCGUAACUUGAGUGUUUUUUUUAUAUAUAUACAUUUUUUGAAGCAGAAUUGUAUCGACUUUGCUGGAAACCCAUGUAAAUGGGAGGGUAUCUGGAGGACUGAGGCGGAUUCGGCAGUCGAGAAAAAUGUGGAUAAAACGGAGUGUUGCGCGCAGUCCAUCUUCUUUGAAGGCAGGCAGUGGUGUUGGGCACCGGGUCUGGAUCCUGUUGGCCAUGACACACCUCACCCUGGACUUCUCAGUGUGCAGCCCUCUCAGUCAGGGCUUGGGCAUCAAACAUACACCUAAAUCGGUGCCUCGAUCCCGGCCACGCUUGCAGCCCCUCUGGGACAUGCCCAACAAGCUACACUGGAGAACAGUGAGCCCGUUGGCCAGGCGGCUCCUCAACCCACUCCCUCCAUCCCAAGACAACAGGGCAGGGGUAGGCCAAAAAAUCAAAGGCCAAAAGCCUCGCAAGCCAGCACAUAAAGGACAGGCAGCAUGUAAGGAGUGCCAGUUGAAAUACUCUCAAAUGGAUACGGGUGAUGCUUUGGCUGGAAAAGCGGAAGUUCCAGCAGCUUUAUCAAAUUGGAGGUUGCUAAUCAGAGCCAGGAGGCAGCUCAAAUGGGACAGCUAUGACAAUUCUCAGGAGGGCCGGACUACUACAGUGGCCGGAUUUAUUGACUGGGGACCAACGGGGACUGAUAGCAUAGAUGAGGAUGGCAAAGUGGAGCCCAACGUAACGCUGUCCACCAGGGCCUCGGCUACAACAGUGGGAACCACCACUAGCACUACAACCAGGCCCUCCCAAAGGACGUUCACUGUGGUGACCACAACAGAGUCCAAGAGCACCACCAAGUCAAGUACGAGCCACACAGAGACUGUCAAACCACCAAAGCCAUACGGGGAGACACCAGGUUUGGCAGUUCACCAGAUAAUCACAAUCACUGUGUCUCUUAUCAUGGUUAUUGCAGCCUUGAUCACAACACUCGUCCUUAAAAACUGCUGUGCGCAGUCUGGAAACGGCCGCCACAAUAGCCAUCAGCGAAAGAUCCACCAGCAAGAGGAAAGCUGCCAAAACCUGACAGACUUCACCCCGGCCCGGGUGCCCAGCAAGGUGGACAUAUUCACUGCCUACAAUGACAGCCUGCAGUGCUCACAUGAGUGUGUUCGGACUGCCGUGCCCAUCUACACUGAUGAGAUGAUCCAGCAGACACCUGUCUACAAGACUACUUACAACGGAAACAGGCCCUCCCCCACUGAAAGGCAACUGAUUCCUGUGGCCUUUGUGUCGGACAAAUGGUUUGAGAUCUCUUGUUGACGAGCUGAAGUCCUUGAUCGUGUUCUGUGGGUGGAAGAGGCUUUUUCACACUCCGGAUCCCAAUGGAGACAAGAAAUACACAAAACAACUCUUUUUGUAAAAUAGUCCAUGGACGCUGGUGAAGAUAUUUAUUUUUCUAGAGAUCACAGACAGAGCAGCACCAAUGCUGCCAAUCCAUCUUUCCAGGAACAUACAGUCAUUUAGAUAUAGAUUAUAUAUAGAUCUAUUUACAAGGAUAUAUGGAGCAAGACUGUGGACGUCACGGAUGUCUCAAUGAUAACGUGACAUUCAACCAAGGAGCCCAAGGAGCUGCUUUGGCUGGAGGAUCGACUGUAUUUCUGAACAAUGUGCCAAUAAUGCCAAUAUGUGCCGCAACCUGAAAAGACGGAAGUUUCAACAACUGAAGGACUAAACAAAGAGUGUUAUAUUAACCCUGUAUGAAUUCCACCUACAUUGUUUUUUAUGUUGUUGUUCUUUUUUUAUUUGAAAAAAAAUGCUAGAAAUGUAUUUGAAUAUGUUUUGAAAUAGUAGAAACGUGUUGCUAAAGAGUCUAAAAGAUAUUUAUAUGAAUCACUAUUCUAUUAGAUGGGAAGAGAGACAGUGGAAAAAAAGAAAUGGUAUAUGCUUUAAUGGACAUACAACUUUAAAUCAUUGUAUCUAUAGGUCCCAUUUUAAAGCCAGAAUAGUUUUGUCUAUUUUUGUACACAGAAGAGCCUGCCACAGCCCUGACAGUGGAAGUAUGGAUCACCGAACACCACUGUUUAAUUAAUCCCACCCUGAGUUGAGAAAAUCAUCUGCCCAUGAUGCAAACCAACCCAGUGCCCACUUCCCCUGCUUAUUAUGUGAAAUUUGUAUCUAAUUUGGCUUAUUGGAAAAACACACUAAAGGCUGCCGUGGUGCAGACUUCAACAAACCCCACGGUAGCAAAUUCAUAAGCACUUUGAAGAGAAAAAUGCGCAACAGACUGCACUGCUUGGCAUGAUAGGACACUGCCGUGAUACUGUCUCAGGUCUGCCCAGCCUCUGCGUCUAUCUGGGCCUCUAGUUCGCUGUCCAUCAGCACUAGUUGCCCCUGUGAGAUGGGCAUUCCCACAGUCAGUCCUUGGGCUUGGCAUUCAUGAGGGUUAAUAUGGACCUGGUGCUGGGGUCAGGGUCUAGUAAUUCACAGUCAGGGCAUAAUCCGCUGGGAACGUAAAACAUCAGCAUGCUCUAGUGGUAUUUCCCCUUGCCAUUUGAGUGUAGCUCCAGGUACCCAAUUUUUCGUCCCUCCACCAAGAGCAAGCAGUAUUGUGUUUCUUCUAGACUGGGCUUCGUCCACUGAAGCUCUAAAGUCCAUAAAAUGGUAUUUGGUCCAACCAUAGUAAUGUGCAUUAAUACUAAAGAAGUUUGAAAAUUAAUACCCACUCGAAUGGUAACCGGAGAGCUCCACUAGACCUCAAAAUGUGUUCCCUUUUGACAAGUUACAUUUGAAUCCAAGGCGCUGCAUGAUUUUGAGGGUUGGCAGAUUCCUGCACUGACAAGAUUUGACAACAACUUGGUC